UUCAGUUAAGAUAGUUUACGGAUUAUUGCAACUUUACAAAUAACUUUAAUAUUAAUUUUAAAAAUAUGUGGCAAAUAAAAAUAUGUAUAAUAUCAGUGUUUGUAGCUGGAAGCUUAGCGAGUUUUUCUAAUAUGAUCACAACCUAUGACGGUUUACCGGAAGAUUGUGUGGGUACUGUUGAUACGAAGCCGUUUAUAAAAGUCGGUUCUAAGCAUUAUUUAUUUGGCAGAGAGAAAAAAGUCACUUGGUUUGCAGCCAUUCACAUUUGUCGUUCCCUUUCAGCUGAUCUUAUAUCUAUAGAAACAAAAGCUGAAUACGAAGCUCUAACUGAAUACUUAAAGAAAAAUGAAUGGAUUGAUGAGUAUUGGAUAUCAGCAAAUGACUUAAGUAAAGAAGGUAACUUUGAAUGGCUCGGUACUGGUAAUCCAGUGACAUUUGCUAAAUGGUCAGCUGAUCAACCUGAUAAUGCUUAUACUAAUGAAAAUUGUGUUCACCUUUGGUACCGAGCCAAUGAGGUCAGUAUGAAUGACAGAAUCUGUACAUAUGAUGCUUACUACAUAUGUCAAGCAAGAAAUCCUAAAACAAUCAUAUUCAGUGUUUGGUAAGAAACCGCAGCGAAACACCAAUAAUACUGUAAUUUAAUUUAUAUUUUUAUGUUAUA